CGGGUGGCAAAGGGAAGAAGGGGACGAUGGCUCGACCCGACCCGUCCGCGCAGCCCUCUCUUCUGCUGCUGUUGCUGGCACAGCUGGUGGGCCGGGCAGCGGCCGCCUCCAAGGCCCCAGUGUGCCAGGAAAUCACGGUGCCCAUGUGCCGCGGCAUCGGCUACAACCUGACGCACAUGCCCAACCAGUUCAACCAUGACACUCAGGACGAGGCAGGCCUGGAGGUGCACCAAUUCUGGCCGCUGGUGGAGAUCCACUGCUCCCCGGACCUGCGCUUCUUCCUGUGCUCCAUGUACACGCCCAUCUGCUUGCCUGACUACCACAAGCCGCUACCACCGUGCCGCUCCGUGUGCGAGCGCGCCAAGGCCGGCUGCUCGCCACUCAUGCGCCAGUACGGCUUCGCCUGGCCCGAGCGCAUGAGCUGCGACCGCCUCCCAGUGCUGGGCGGCGACGCCGAGGUUCUGUGCAUGGAUUAUAACCGAAGUGAAGCCACCACCGCGUCCCCUAAGUCCUUCCCGGCCAAACCCACACUCCCAGGACCACCAGGGGCGCCAUCUUCUGGGGGCGAGUGUCCCUCGGGAGGCCCAUCUGUGUGCACGUGCCGCGAGCCCUUCGUGCCCAUCCUGAAGGAGUCACACCCACUCUACAACAAGGUGCGCACCGGCCAAGUGCCCAACUGCGCAGUGCCCUGCUACCAGCCGUCCUUCAGCCCGGAUGAGCGCACGUUCGCCACCUUCUGGAUUGGCCUGUGGUCUGUGCUGUGCUUCAUCUCCACGUCCACCACGGUAGCGACCUUCCUCAUUGACAUGGAACGAUUCCGCUACCCUGAGCGCCCCAUCAUCUUCCUGUCUGCGUGCUACCUGUGUGUGUCACUGGGAUUCUUGGUGCGCCUGGUUGUAGGCCAUGCCAGCGUCGCCUGCAGCCGAGAGCACAGCCACAUUCACUAUGAGACUACCGGCCCUGCGCUGUGCACAGUCGUCUUCCUCUUAGUCUACUUCUUUGGCAUGGCCAGCUCCAUCUGGUGGGUCAUCCUGUCGCUCACCUGGUUCUUGGCGGCUGGCAUGAAGUGGGGCAAUGAGGCCAUCGCAGGCUAUGCACAGUACUUCCACCUGGCUGCUUGGCUCAUCCCCAGCGUCAAGUCCAUUACGGCGCUGGCACUGAGCUCCGUGGACGGAGACCCAGUGGCUGGCAUCUGUUAUGUGGGCAACCAAAACCUGAACUCGCUACGAGGCUUUGUCUUGGGCCCACUGGUGCUGUACCUGUUGGUGGGCACGCUCUUCCUUCUGGCAGGCUUCGUGUCACUCUUCCGCAUCCGGAGCGUCAUCAAGCAAGGUGGCACUAAGACGGACAAGCUAGAGAAGCUCAUGAUCCGCAUUGGCAUCUUCACUCUGCUCUACACGGUGCCAGCCAGCAUCGUGGUGGCCUGCUACCUGUAUGAACAGCACUAUCGGGAGAGCUGGGAGGCAGCCCUCACCUGCGCGUGUCCGGGGUCGGACGCUGGCCAGCCACGCGCCAAACCCGAGUACUGGGUGCUCAUGCUCAAGUACUUCAUGUGCCUGGUGGUGGGCAUCACGUCGGGGGUCUGGAUCUGGUCCGGCAAGACCCUGGAGUCUUGGCGGCGCUUCACCAGCCGCUGCUGCUGCAGCUCUCGACGGGGCCAUAAAAGCGGUGGCGCUAUGGUCGCAGGAGACUAUGCGGAGGCCAGCGCCGCACUCACUGGCAGGACCGGGCCGCCGGGCCCCGCGGCCGCAUACCACAAGCAAGUGUCCCUGUCGCACGUAUAGGAAGGCCUGGAGGCCGAGGCCCAGGGACAGUGCUGGACGUUGAAGGGGGCGGUUGUGUAGCUUGGUAGCUUUGUGAAGGUCACUUCCGUUUACCUUCUUGGUGCUGAUGCCCCCUCCCUGAGCGGCUUGGAGAGGAAAAGGGGGCGGUUUCAAAAGAUUACCUUUCCCCAGUCUUCUACCAGGGGGCUUGGCUUGCAGUGCUGUGGGGUUAAGUGUAUUCUAGUUUGCAUUUCUUACUGCUUUCUUUAGAAGUACCUUGUUUUUAAUUUAUAUGUAUAUUUUAAGUUUUAAAUUUGUUGCAUUUUGGCAACAAAAUUUACCUUUGCUUUGGGGGCUUCAUAAUCCUCAAACUGGCGUUGUAAUGAGGUUACUGUUGGUUCAGGUUUUUUUGGACUGUGUGGUCUAAACUAGGAAAAUAUAUUUCCUACACAUGUCUCUUUUUUUGUUUUUGUUUUUUUGCUUUUGUUUUAUUAAUGUGAACAGUGAAGGGCUGCUGUGACUGGGAAGGUGUAGGGAGAGCCUUCUUUUUUAGGUGGUUUCUUCUUAGAGUGCUUAAAAUGUCCAGGACACUCAGAGGCCAGAGGCCAUCUGCUCCUUCUGUGUCUAGCCCCCUCAAGUCCUCUCCGGGAGUAGAAUAUGAUGUGGUUAGGACCAUCCCCCAGAUGACACGGUUAGGGAGCCAGGAAUUUCGUGUGCCUCCUUACCCUUGCUCAGCAAGCCGUGGGCAGCUCGUUGCGGUCAUUCUCAUCCCUCUUAGAGCCAGCUGGCCCGCUUGUCUUGAAUAAGUUAGAGGUGGCAUUAUAGACCGGACAUAAACAUUUGCUAUAGAGCCCAAGGGCUGGGAUUGGUUGACUGAACUGGUGGGAAGGUAAGCUUUCUGCCAGAGGGAGGGGGUGGUUCUUAAUAAGCAGUGCCCCCCCCCCUAGAAUUAAAAAAACGUGUGCUACAAAUUUCAGUAAAUGUAGACCCACUCCCUUUUUCUGGAAGUAGUUUGGAAUCCCUGCUAAAGGGGGGCUCUCUUUUAGAUUAAAGGACAAAAAACGGAUAUGCUUCCAGUAAUUAAAGUAAAUUCCCAUUGCCUUGUAUCUGCUGCUCUCAGCCCACCUCCUUUAUCAUGUUAAACAGUCUUUCUUGCUUUUCUUAUUCCUCCUGGUGGAGAGCAGCGAUUAGAAACCACACCCACCCACCAAUGAAGUGCUGAGACUGGGGGAGGGAGGCUAGUUACCUGGGAACAAACAUUGGCUCAGGGAAAACAGGUCUCCCUGAACUCGCAAGUUUAAAGGCAGAUAUUCCCCCAAGCGGCUACCAAUCCCUAGUAGUCUGAAAACAA